UAGCGGCUAGCAGUCGUGGAGCGAUGCGGGGAAGAGCGAACAUAAAAGCAGCAAAAUUUCUGAAUCAAAGACGGAUCUCAGCAAAAUUCAAAUAAUCCUCUUGCUGUUGAGAAGAUAAGAUGCAGUGCUUGAUACUCGGCUCUACACGCUGUCUAGUGCAGCACCGUACCAGACCCCUGUGCCACCUGUGACCUCCGCUCUUACCCAUAGUCCUUUGUCCCACGCUCUCCUCUCCUCUCCACUCAUGUGUUCCUGAGCCAUGUUCUGCUCGUCCAGAUGCGCGGUGGCUAGUAUCACACCGAUGGCAUUGUUUUUGCCUCAUCUGGAGAAAGACGGCGCUGACAUUCCCAUGCGCUGAGCGACUGGUCACGGACUCGCACGCACAACCUCCUGAGAGGACAUCCGGGACGCUUUUUUUUUUUUUUUUUUUUUUUGGCAGCCUUGAUUCUGUAAUGACGCUAUGGACCGGAGCAGCGACGCAUACUCGGCUGUCGCCUGGAACGCCGAACUGGAGCCGAAUUGCCUUGGACCGUUGGUGUGAGUUAACGCAAGUCAGCGUGUGAGCACCUGCUGCGUAGGAAGCACGGAGGACAAGUGGACAGGACUCCGAGGACGAGGCUGUUAAGCUGGAUCUCGAAUCUGCGAGUUGUGAUCCUGAAGCCAUACCAGCAGGAGGACACUUUUAGCCUGAACCCACAUCCUGCCUAGAGAUGCUUCAGACAAACAACUACUCCCUGGUUCUGCUGAUCCAGUUGGCUCUGCUGGCCUACGACCUCUUCGUCAACUCCUUCAGCGAGCUGCUGAGGGCGGCUCCCGUCGUCCAGCUGGUGCUCUUCAUUAUCCAGGACAUCGCUAUCCUCUUCAACGUCAUCAUCAUCCUGCUGAUGAUGUUCAACACGUACGUGUUCCAGGUGGGCCUAGUGUCUCUGCUGCUGGAGCGCUUCCGGGCUCUGCUGCUGCUGUCUGCCCUCUACCUGACCCUCAGCAUCUCCUUCCACUGCUGGAUCAUGAACUUGCGCUGGCUGGACUCCAACCGAUUUGUAUGGACAGAUGGUCUCCAAACCCUGUUUGUUUUCCAGCGACUGUCGGCCGUGCUGUACUACUACUUCUACAAGCGCACCACCGAGUACUUGGGCGACCCGCGCCUCUACGAAGACUCUGCCUGGUUGCGCGACGCCUUCGCUCGAGCGCGACAGUGAGCGAGAGGUCCAGCGCAACGUGGACGGACGCCGCUCCGUGGACGCCGUCCAAAACGGGAGGCGGCGCGGACUUGGCCGUGUGCGUCGACAGGGAUGGACGGAGGCUUCGAAGAGGAGAGGGGACAAAGGACUGGACAGCGGACGAAGCUCUUAGAAACACGGUACAAGGCUGAGAUCCAGUGGAACUUCGAAUGGGGACAGAGCGGAAACUCGAUAUUGCAAAAAUCGUCUUUCUCACGUUGUCACUUUUUAUCGUCCUCCGCAUGGAGAAGGAGUGGAAGCCAGUGCGGCGUCAUGGCGAUGAUCACGUGCUCCUUGUCACAACAGCUUCCUGAAAGUGAACUUUUUAAGCGCAUUUAUUUUUUUUUUCCCCAGAGUCGAAUGAAUAAACCCAGUUUAUCCAUUCUGACGUCCAGCGUGAAUAACCGUACAAAUGGGAGGACGGUUUGCUUUGAAAAAAGUAGCCGAUGAGAUUUGUACCUUCAAAUUUGGAAUAAGGAUUUGUUCACAUUAAGGGUGGUAAAUUUGUUUUCUUUGGGCUGUGCUCACCUGGAGUUGUAUUUCUGGCGGGACAAGACAAUUGUAACAUGCUUUUUUAUUAAAUAAAACCCUAUUAUUUUAA